AUGGACCUGAAUUCAACAAUCUCCUCUCUCAGUGAGGACACACAGGAAGAAAUCCACAACCACAUUGUUAAGAUCCUCAAAGGGCCGAUACCGCUCCAGUGCUAUGGUGACAACCACAACUUCAGUUUCUACACUUUCCUGGAGCGCUCGUUCAUGGGAUUCCAGUUCCCCAACCUGACCACCUUCAUUUACCUCAUGCCUCACGACAGGAUGCAUCAGCUGGUGAACUCCAUGCCUCCAUCUGCUCUUGGAGAUUUUCUCCGUCGCCCUGACGUUGUGGACAACGAUGCAGAGCUCUGUGUGAUCUACAAAAACUACAUCCAGACACAGAUGUUCCUCGAGACCGAGUCUCUCCCGGCCGUGGUGCGGCAGUCCACACUGCCUUGCGUCUGGCCCAUGGCGCUCAGCAGCUCAGAGAGGUCAGAGGUCAACACCUGGUUUGACAGAAGUCUCCCCAACUACUUGGUCUUUCUCACGAAGAGUCUAAUUGGCCCAAACAGCAUACAAAACGCCUCCUGCUUCGCCUUCCAGAAGCUCGUUUCAGUUCUGGGUGAAUACAACUACACGGAUACGGACUUUGUGAUGGUAGAUGUGUUUGACACCAUCAUAGACUACCUCACCUCAGCAACGACUCCGAGGUGCUUCAGCGAGACCGACCCACAACUGAACUCCACUGCCUGGUUUGUCAACUACAUCGGCCCUUUUAUCGAUUUCCUCACUCUGGAGGAUCUUCUGAUCUUUGGAUCUGAACAGGUGAUCCGGGAGUUCGCAGUGAACCCUCUGAACCUGGCCCUCUUCAAUCAGUCUGAAUUGCCUCUCAACUUCACGGAGUACUACACCGACCUCGUUUAUCAAGAGGAAAGCAACUUCAACCCCUUGCUACUUCCUCUGUUGUUUCGCUGCUUCGCUCCUGGCCCAGCAUUCAGCCAGCUGACACCAAAAGAAAGUAUGAUAAUCCUGCACAACCUGACCACUCUAUGCACAGACCUGGACCCACAGGUUCCUGCAGCUUUGGCGGCUAAUCUCGGUGACGAAAUUGAUUCAACGGCGAUCUCUGCGCUCGGCAGCGAAAGCACCGGCAUGUCCAUGGGUCAGAUCAAGAUGAUAAAGCCUGAGGACUUGUUAGAGGCCAUCAGCACUCUCGGCAGUGUGACGGGCUGGAAUGAAGGCCAAGCCAAGGCCGUCGUCAUGUCUCUGAUGUCUUCAGGGGCCUUAAAGAUCAACAGCAGCUCGUCCCUGUUAAUGCUCGGCUCUCUCGUUAUGGGCGUUCCUGCGAAAACGUUCACCAGCAUCAGUGCCUCUCAGCUGCUCGUCGUAUCUAAAAAUCCUUCGUUUCUGGGACACAUAACGACCGCUCCAACUGUCGUCCAGGAGACUUUUGUUACUAAGAUCAUAUCAAUGGACAGCAACAGUGAGAUGAUCAUACAGAACGUUCCGGAUGAAAUGGCCACUCAGAUCCCUCGAGCUCUGCUGCUGGGCUUCUCAAAUAACAAAAAGGUCAUCACCAAACUGAACCAGAAGAGAUGGAAACAGCAGCAGGUGGAGUUGUUCUUUGAAGUGCUCGCUGUGGAGUCUGCUACUGCAACACUGGGAAGUCCAAACAAUUUGUCAUCCUCUGUGCUACAAGGGUUUACGUGCACCAGUGUGAGGACUGUUAAAAAGGUGCAGAUCAAGAGGCUGAUUAGAGCCUGUCGGAGGAGAGGCAGGAACAAGGUCAUUCUAGUGGAGACUCAGUUGAUGUGCAUGUACAACUACAUUAAAGGAGACUCGGAUGUCACCAGCUUCGACUUCUAUCCUCCUGACGUGCUGCUGUACUAUGAUUACUCUCUGGUGCAACAGGCCAGCUGCAGGUCCUAUUUCGAACAGCUGGCAGAAGCGGACUUCUCUGUCUUCUCCUCCGCCCUCAGCUACAAAUUGACAGCUCUGUUUGAUAACGCCAGGAGCUGCCUGGGUAUAACAAACACAAGUCUGACUGAGGAUACUGUAUCAGUGUUGGGAAACAUGUGCUGCACUCUGGACGGGUCCUACAUCGAGAACUCUGAUCCUUCCAUCCUGGAAAAACUCAAGAACUGCCCGGACCUCACCAGCAGUCAAGCUGCUGCUGUUGAGUCUCUACUGCAGAGCGGGAGAACACCAUGGGGAGCUCCGGCAACAUGGAACGGACAAACUCUGACGGACCUCGGGAUGCUACCUCUAUAUUUGACUUCAACCUUCUACGAUAACUUUGACAAAAAAACAAAGCGGCGUUUCUUAAGGUACUUCAUGAGCGUUCUUAAGAGCAACGGAGUGAGCAGAAAGAAGAGGAGGGCACUGAAGAAAGAAAUAAGAAAAUCCAUUAGAAAGAAGUCAAAGCGAUCCAUUGUAAAUGAAUGCACUGUAGGAGAGAUCACCCAGGUGGUCAUCAGCGAUGAGACGUUCCCCUUCGACUAUGAUGACAUAAGCCAGUUCAACUGCUGCCUCAGCGCCUCCACUGUUAGAGACAACUUGGAUGCGAUCACUGACAAGGUGGACGAGGAGGAAUACCUCGUGAUUGUUCUCAGCAAGUUGCGAGAGGCUUACGCUGCAAACUCCAUCAUCCCAGAAGAUCAGGUUCAGCUCUUGGGCCCAGCGUCCCGCGUGGCCACUACUGAUGACAUCAACACGUGGACUGUCACUACGAUCGACACGCUCUCUGCUUUGAUGGACUCGUCCAAUGGGGACUGGGACCCGAGCCUUGCUCAGGCCAUCAUCUCUAAGUAUCUGAGUAACGAUGGGAACAAACUGGGCAGUUCGGAGCUCAACGCCAUAGGAGGAUCCAAUCUGUGCUCCCUGGACGUCAACGUUUUGAAGAAUAUAUCCGAGCAAAGUCUCAAGGACGCAGACGCCCUGACAAUAACCAACUGCACACUGGAGAAAAAGCAAGCACUGUUCACCAUCGCAGAGCAAGCAUUCAGGGCGAAAACCCGCUCAACUGUCUCUGUUUCUUCCUACCAGCUCACAGAACCUUACACCGGUGGUGCAGAUCAGGAGUAUAUCGAAGAGUUGUCAAGGUCCAAUAUAAACAUGGACAUGGAUACCUUCACCAAUCUAGAUGAGAAUGUUGUACUGAACCUGAAUGUUAGUGAUGUUCAAGGUCUUCUUGGCACAAACGUGGCAGAUUUAAAGUCCUAUGAAAACCAAACGCUGGUACGGAACUGGGCCAGCAGGCAGUCCCAGGAAGAUCUUGACACCCUGGGAAUAGGGCUAAUAGGUAGGGCUGAUCCUACAACCACCAGCUCUCCAACCACCUCCAACUCUCCAACCACCAACAGCGGCGCUGCAGCCACCACCACCAACAGCGGCACUGCAGCCACCACCACCAACAGUGGCCCUGCAGCCACCACCACCAACAGCGGCACUGCAGCCACCACGACUAACAGUGGCCCUGCAGCCACCACCACCAACAGCGGCCCUGCAGCCACCACCACCAACAGCGGCACUGCAGCCACCACCACCAACAUCGGCCCUGCAGCCACCACCACCAACAGCGGCCCUGCAGCCACCACCACCACCAACAGCGGCCCUGCAGCCACCACCACCAACAGCGGCCCUGCAGCCACCACCACCAACAGCGGCCCUGCAGCAACCACCACCAACAGCGGCCCUGCAGCAACCACCAACAGCGGCCCUGCAGCAACCACCACCAACAGCGGCCCUGCAGCAACCACCAACAGCGGCCCUGCAGCAACCACCAACAGUGGCCCUGCGGCCUCCACCAACAGCGGCCCUGCAGCCAGCUCUAAUUCUCCGACCUCCAACAGCUCUCCUACCCCCGCUGCCACCACCACAGGUAACGGUGCCCGCAUCCAUGCAGACGCUGGCUUAACCUUCCUGGUUCUCCUCGCACUUCUCAUUGCUUCUCACAUAUGA